AUGACUUCGGUAAGCAGAACCUUUAUAAAAAAAGCAAAAGCAAAUGAAAUGAGACGAGCAAAAGUAAUGAGGAAGAAAGUAAAGAAGAAUGACACAUCGAUUACGGUGGUGAAAGCGGAAAGUAGUUCAAUGGCUAGUGGAAAUUCCGCUGUAAGCAAGCCUUUGGAAAGUCCCUCAAAUAAAAAUUUUUACGCCUCAAAAAAAGCUUUUAUCAUUACAGAGUUACGGUAUAUAAUCAGUAAGAAAUAUAAUUCUGAAAGGCAGUUGUUUUUGAACAAAAAUUCCUCUGAUGAGUGCUCUUUGAUUGUCGAGGAUGUACCUCCUUAUAUAACAUUGACUUCAUUGGGACGAAUAUUAGCAGAGCUUGGUUCAGGUACUCCAGAAGAAAUAACUCUACGCUGUGGCACAGCAGUCGAUAGUGAAAUCAUUGAAAGUUAUUAUUCGGCCUUAGCUCGUUUCAAGUCAGAAUAUGCUGUUGAACAAGCGUUGCAACGUUGUGAAAUGAUUUCCUGCCUGUGUUUAAGCGAUAUUAAUAUCGAAGUAGCAAAAACUGGAGUCCUAGGCAAGUGCCAAUUUUCACGCUUUUUCGAAGGAUUUAUGAAAUUCCAUGAAAGGUAUCGAAAAUCAUAUAAGACAGUGGAGCAGUUACAAGAAGGUGUGGAUUCGUAUAUCGAAAAACAUGACAAGAAGAUCAUUGAAGAAAAAAAGAAAGCAAAAAGAAUGGCAAAUGUUCCUGAUGAAGAGGGCUGGAUAACGGUUACAAAAUCACAUUACAAAGCUGUACCACGCGCUAUCGUUGUCAAAAAUAAAGAAGAUUUACUGCGAUUAACGAAAAAGAAGAAGCGUGAGGAAACUGAUAUUGCUUUCUAUUCCUUCCAACUAAAGCAGUCUAGAAUGAAACAUCUUGACGAAUUGAGACAGAAAUUUGAAGAGGACAAGAGAAAGCUAGCUAUUGUAAAAGCGGCUAGAAAAUUCCGUCCAACAUGA